UCCGUUGCUUUCUUUGUUCUUGGGAUCUUCGAACCGCAGAGGAGCAGGGAUCUGAUCUCCCUCGAUCGCAGAUUCCCCCGCCCUCGUCAUUUCUCCGGCGACGCCACCGCCGCCUCCUCCUUCCUCCGCGAUGAAUCCCGAGUAUGACUACUUGUUCAAACUCUUGCUCAUUGGAGAUUCUGGUGUUGGAAAAUCAUGCCUACUGCUAAGAUUCGCAGAUGAUUCUUACUUGGAAAGCUACAUUAGCACUAUUGGAGUUGAUUUUAAAAUUCGCACUGUUGAGCAGGACGGGAAGACUGUUAAACUUCAAAUUUGGGAUACUGCUGGGCAAGAGCGUUUCAGAACUAUUACAAGCAGCUACUACCGGGGUGCCCAUGGUAUCAUUGUGGUCUAUGAUGUGACAGACCAGGAGAGCUUCAAUAAUGUAAAGCAGUGGUUGAACGAGAUUGAUCGAUAUGCGAGUGACAAUGUGAAUAAACUUCUGGUUGGGAACAAGUGUGAUCUAGCCGAAAACAAAGUUGUGUCAUAUGAAACUGCCAAGGCUUUUGCCGAUGAGAUUGGUAUCCCUUUCUUGGAAACUAGUGCAAAAAAUGCUACUAACGUGGAACAGGCAUUCAUGGCCAUGACUGGUGCCAUCAGGAACAGGAUGGCGAGCCAACCAGCCAUGAACAACGGCAAGCCGCCUACCGUUCAAAUUCGUGGACAACCUGUUAAUCAGAAGAGCAGCUGCUGCUCCUCUUGAAGCGUUGUCAAUGACAAUCCUGUGUGAAAACUACUUCCUAUUCAAAUUGAUACUUAUGCUAUGAUCUCCAUAGAAAUCGUAAAUUGCUCCAUUCUUUUCUUGUUAUUAAUUGUGUACAAGUGGAUUAUCUGAUUGUAUAAUCAGUGUGGAUCUCAUCAGCUUUUUGCUGUUCAUCUAAUUCUCUGUUAUAGAACAAUUCAUGUUAUGGUGUGUUGAUCUUGUGUCAAUAUCAACUGGUGUUAAACAAUACAAAAUUAGUUCAUAUUUCUUAA